GUCUUACCUCAUUACCUCUCUCUCACUCUUUUUUGUAUAUAUUAUCCUCAUCAUUACUUUCUGAAUCUCCACUCUUCUCUCUCUCUCUCUCUCAAAGUCCACUUGCUUUGUCUGUCACUUACACAUUGUACGAUCAUGGUAUUAGCGGAAACAGAGACAAUGGCGGAGGCCACGAUGGUUUUCACGACGGAGGGACCUCGCAUUUCCUUCUCCGCCGACUUGUCAUCAUCAGACAGCGAGGGAGAUUACAUCUGCAUCAACCCUGAGAAUCUCCUGAUGAGUAAAGAAGAACAAGUCAAAGCAGGAGAGUCCUUUGAGUUUCUCUCCAACACGCAAACGAUGCUUACAGCCGCCGACGAGCUUUUCUCCGAAGGAAAGUUGCUUCCUUACUGGCAAGUCAAACACUCAGAGAAGCUUCAGAACGUAACACUUAAAACAAAAGUCGUCGUCGUCCAAGAAGAAGAAGAUUGUAAAGUGGUUAAAGAGGAGACUGUUAAGGAGCAGGAGAGUAAUAACAACAAUAACAACAGAGGAAGCUGGUUUCUUGAUGAUGAUCCAUCUCCUCGUCCACCAAACUGCACUGUUCUGUGGAAAGAGCUUUUGCGGUUGAAGAAACAGAGGACUAACAAGACGGCGACUACGACUACAAAGGCUUCGGCAUCGUCUCUGUCUCCAUCGUCAUCUUCAAGCUCGACUUCGUCUUCUUCGAGUUCUAUUGGGGAUGCAGUGAAGGAGGAGAGCGAGAAGAAAGGGAAGAAAGGGUUAGAGAGGACAAGAUCUGUGACUAUGAGGAUAAGACCAAUGAUUCAUGUUCCUGUUUGUACUCCUUCUAAGCCUCCUCUGUUUCCUCUAAGGCUUCAUAAAAACAGGGUAGAGAAACGAACUUGAUCAUCAUCAACAUCGUUUUAUCUGUUUGUUUUUGUAUUAUCUAUAGCUUUUGUGAUUAGAUGUAUUGUUUGUUUUUUGUUGAGAGCUUUUGUGAUUGAGAUCUGAGGUGUGACAGUUUAUAAAUGUGAAGACAUUUUCAUACCCGAAAACAAAUAAGAGAUUGAUCAUUGAAU